AUGGCCUGCUAUCGCGCGGGGCUGCUGGCCAUGCUUAUCUUGGUAGGCGUUGGGCUGCAGGGCUGCAAGAACCUGAAGGAGAUUGAGCCUCCGGAGUCCGUGCCGUCUUUGCCACCUCCUGUGACGCCAAUCCCGCUCGCGGUCCUCCCGUUAGUCACACCAGCUCCUCUGAGCUUGCAGCCGCUCCCGCCGUUGCCACCAGUGCAGCCGGCCCAAAUCGCUCCAGAGCAGCCUGCUCUGUCAGCGGCGGUUGCGCAACCCCGGCUGGUUGUGUGGAACAACUGCUCUACAUUGCCGAUUUGGAUCGCUUCGUCGGGAAAUGUUCCGCCUCCGGCAACUCGCAACGUCAAGAUCCUCCCAGGACAAAGUUAUUCGUUCUACAUCCCCAAUGCUGGUUUGAGUUCUACGCGCUUCUGGCCGAAAGCAUGGUGUGAUGACCUCGGCCAGAAAUGUACUUUAGGCUCCAGUGGAGGUGAUGGCCAAGACUGCCCAGCUGGCGGCUGUGCCCCUCCAAUAGAUUCCAAGUUCGAGGCAAGCUUUGGCGCCGUGGGAGUGGAUUGCGCCAAAGAUAACAAGGGGUGCGACUGGUGGGACACAAGCGCUGUUGAUGGAUAUUCGUUGCCGUUCAAGCUGGAAGUCGACAGUCAGUGUCCGCAGGCCAAGAAGAUUGACUGCUUGGGUCUAUCUUUUGCAGAAUGUCCAGCGGCUGAAGGGCUGGGAAGUGUCGGUGACCAGGACCUUCGCGUCGUGGACCACGUGUCUUCCAAGGUUGUAGGAUGCUAUUCGCCCUGUGGCAAACUUACAUACUCGAACUGGGGCAACAAAGUUGGUCAGCAUGCGCCCGAUAGUGACGUUGCGAAAAUGUACUGCUGUCCAACACCACCUGUGAGCCCGCAACAGUGCAGGGCAGGUCCUGUGGAGAAGAGUGCCUUUGUCAAGUUGAUCCACCAGAAGUGCAAAAAUGUUUAUGGCUACGCAUAUGAUGAUGCCGUGGGUCUGCAGGUCUGUCCGGCAGGGACCACGUACACCUGGACUUUGGGCUGUCCGACCGCGACGGAGGCCAAAGACAGUGGAAUUCAGAAAAAAGGGGACUCGGCAAAGUUAGGUCGUGCUUGGCUAGGGCGAUGCCGCCAUGCUGUCGCUGGUGGCGAUCCGGGUCAUGAUGCCGCAGUUGGUGGUUUCUUCGUGCAUGAUGUCGUUUGCAUGAACGUUUCCCAUGACAUACCAUCGCAGCAUUCCUCUUCAGCCACUCCGGGGGCAGAAGCGCACCAUUUCUGGAACCCGGCAUCAGCAUCAGCGUCUGGCGGCAAGUCUCUGGCCUUUAAAUCUGCUGUAGUGUUGACAUCUACAUUUACAGCCGCUGCGGUCGUGUCAUUGAUUGUUGAGCCACUCUACGGUGAGCAAUUGGUAGAGCAGUUCGUGAAAGACACGCACGCCGCAGGGAGCAGCAUUCCCAAAGUUCCUAACGUCCUGUUCCCGGAAGAUUGGAGAUACAGAACGCAUCGCUGGCCACAGCUUCUUUUCAUGACGCAGCAAGAGACAGAAUUCGCCCGGCGGAUGACGAUGUCCUUGGUGAUCGGCGCACUGCUUGGUAUCGAAAGACGAGAGUCCAACAGAGGAGCUGGCGUGCGCACUAUGAGCUUAGUGUCGCUCGGGGCAUGCAUUUUCACUAUUGGUUCUAUUUAUGCCUUCGAAGAAGGAACGCAAACAUGGGAUUCAUCUCGAGUUGCUGCUGCGCUACCUUCAGGUGUGGGGUUCUUGGGGGGAGCAUUGAUCUUCAAAGACUCUGGUCAAAUUAAGGGGCUCACAACCGCCUGCGGUGUGUGGCUGGCGUGUGCCGUGGGCAUGUGCUGUGGCGGUGGGCUGUACUUCGUUUCCUUUUUUGGUGUGGCUGGUGUUGUGGCAAUGCUUCGUUUCGGGCCUCGAUCGCCAAUGCCGGAGGAUGAACCAGAAGUACCGGAAGUAGAGCCAAAAGCACCCGGACUUGUCGAGGGGCUUGACCACCCUCUCAUCCGCAAGAGGUCACUCACGUCGGGUCCGAAAACGUUAAUUGUUGGUGAUGAGUAG